AUGGUACUGGCGACUCCUGCCCCCAGAAUCCGCAAGCUGAGCCAGCAGGCAGCAGUGAAGUUGCGUGCAGACAUCCAGGUGCCUUGCCCUGGACGCAUAGCAGAGGAGCUGCUGAUCGGCUCCCUGGAUGCGGGCGCCACGGCAGUUGAGGUCGAGCUCCAGGAGUCCUCCGUGGGUGCUGUGCUGACCGUACGAGAUGACGGUGCUGGACGUGACAUGGAGGCGCUUGGGGCAGAGGCGCUUGGUGGCGGGAAGCCCGUGACCUCCCUGACCGCGGUCUGCGCCCGCUGCGGGCGCGUGGUCGUGCGCUCCAAGGUCCCGGGACAAGGGACCGUGUGCAAGAUCUUCGAGCAGGGGAAGGUGACCUAUCUUGGCCCCUCCGAUGUCCCGCAUGGAGGUCCAGGCAGCACCAUCCGGGUGGAGGGCCUUGGCAGGCUGAUGCGGGAAGUUGAGGUCUCAUCGCUUCGCCAUCGCUUGGAGCGACAGGUCUUGAUUCGACCGCGGGUGUCGCUGCGGCUCCGCUUCCUUGGCCAAGAGGCACACUGCUUGGACCUGGUCGCGGAGCAGGCCGCAGCAAGACUAGAGCAUGUGCUUGGAUGCGGCUGCACUCGUGGCCUUCACAGGGUGCAGUGGUCCUCUGACGCCUGCGCUCUAGAAGGCGUCGUGUCGAGGCUGGAAGAUGCUCAGAGCACCGACAACUUCAUGUACCUCUAUGUAAAUGGCCACUACGUCGAGCCGACUCCAAUACACGAGUCCAUCGUGCGACUCUUCGCGGCCGCAAGUCUCCAUGCACAAGAAGGCACUGGCCAGGGCCCCGACUCGGUGAGCGCCGUGGCAGCUGGAGGAGUCUGGCCGCUCUUCGUCCUGAACUUUCAGUGCCCGGAAGACUGGUUCGAUGUCGCUUUGGCUGGGUCUGUCAUCCAGUUCAGCAAUUGGAGGCAACCGAUCCGCUUCAUUCAGAUGUGCCUCCGCAAGGUCUGGCUUAGGGAGCGCGGAGAGGAGGCGCCGGACCCUGCACAGAGGGCACCAGCGAGCCUCCAAAAGCAUCGGAAGGCAACUGCAAAGAGGACAAGGUGUUGCGAUGCUGUUAACAUCGUGCCGCUGCUCGCCCAGAGGAUAGCAGUUGCACGCGGGCCGGCUGCACCGUGCCAGACGACGUCACCUGACGGCACGGCUCGCCCCUAA